CUUUUCCUACUACGAAAAGUCAAAAUUACGAGUCUGCUGUGAAAAAGGCCUUUAAUUGCAUACGUGAAGUUAAAUAUUCAAACCAAGAUUACAUGUUAUUUUAUGGUUGCGCCAUUGCAUCGAAUGGAAAUAUUCUAGAUGUCUCCAGAUUUCACCAAUAUUCAGCCUGACAUGUUUCGUAUCUUUGGAAACUCCACUAAAAUGUUGUAUUGCAAUAAGAUCGGUCCCAGAGGGUCAUGUGGUCAUGCUGUCUUUCCGCCUCUUCGACAUGGAGGCUGACCCCACCUGUCGCUACGACUACCUGGACGUCUACAACGGUCAUUCCCGCUUGGUGCAGAAGCUGGGCCGUUUCUGUGGGACAUUCCGGCCAGGAGCCCUCAUCUCCACCUCCAACACCAUGAUGUUAGAGAUGGUGUCAGAUGACGCCACAGGAGGAAGAGGAUUUCUGGCUGCCUUCAGUGCAGGGAAGCCACAUGUGGAAGAGAAUCAGUUCUGUGGAGGACGGCUGACCAAAGCACAGGGCUCUGUCAAGACGCCCAACUGGCCUAACUCUAAUUAUCCAGCAGGCAUCAGCUGCUCCUGGCACAUCUCCGUAGAGCCGAGCAAUGUGAUCGAGGUGAAGUUUCAGAAGCUGGACUUGGAGCCUGACACAUACUGUCGCUACGACUACGUGGCAUUGUUUAAUGGGGGAGAGACUGACGACUCAAGGAGGAUUGGGAAAUUCUGCGGAGACAGGUCACCGGGAACUAUAGUGACCCAUGGGAACGAGCUCCUUGUCCAGUUCGUCUCCGACCUCAGCGUGACCUCAGAUGGCUUCAUGGCCUUCUACACGAGUGUGCCCCGUGGGUCUCGGACGCCCACCGCGGGAGGGGACUUCAUCUACGGACCUCAGACCACCUCUGCACCACAAAAACCAGCCAAGAAGCCAAGCAAACCAACCCCAAAACCUAGGCCUGGCGUCUUGCCUAAACCCAUCCCAAAACCAGCCAAAAAACCACUGGUGAAGAUACCUCUGAAACCUCCACCACGCAAACCUACCGCCAAGCCUGCAGUUAAGCCUACAGCUAAACCCAAACCAGCUAAACCCACACCUAAAGCACCUGUGAAAAAGCCUUCACCUAAACCCGGAGCUAAACCUACACGCAAACCCAAGUUUAUUAAGCCAACGCUAAAACCAGGCAUCAAGGCUAAACCCACACGGAAGCCUGCACUGAAGACAAAACCCACCGUAAAACCUGGUGUCAAACCUGUAAAGCCUACACCCAAGAGUAGAGUUAAACCAACAACCAAACCCAAGAUGAAGCCUAAACCGACGCCUAAAUCUGGAGUGAGCAAGACAGUGACGAAGAAGCCUGGCGUGAGUAAGAAACCUUUGCCACUGAACCCACUGUGUACACAAGCCUGUAAGAGGAAAGGAACUCUGCAGUCCAGCUUCUGCCCUCAUGACUUUGUGAUUACGGGUAAACUAACAUCUUUGACGACUGGUCCGAGAGGCUCAGCGACAGCCGAGGUGGCGCUAAUCAAGGCCUAUAAGACAGGACGACUGAACAUCACCAAGUCAGGACCCAUCAUGUCGGUCAAACUGGCCUCCACCUGCAAGAAAUGCCCUGGGCUAAUCAAAGGCCGGAGCUAUGUGUUGAUGGGAAAAGUCGAUGCACAGGGCAACGGCCUUCUCAGCCCCUCCAGCUUCACUCUCCUCUAUAAGCCCAUCCACGCCAAAGCACUGGCCAACCUGGCAGGCAAAUCAUGCUGACAUCACAGCCCUGUCCACCAAUCAGAUUGUCUGUCAGUCUGAAAACAUGUAACUUUACAUAAAGAAUGAAAAUAUUAUUAAGUAAUAUACAAACAUAUUUUUUUUUUUACAUAAUAAAAAACUAAUAAUGUUUUUAAAGGAUAAACAUACAUGAUUGAGUAUUAUAUUUUGUAUGUAAGUGUUAAUAUUUCUGUGAUAAAACAUGCACAUCAAUAAACUGUGAUGCUGGUGUUUGA